CCUGUUGCACAAAAGUAGAAUUAAGACAUCCGGGAUAAAUGACUCAGCUGAGCUCAAUGAAGCCAAAACAUGUGCGUCCAGGCUUAAUUGGUUGCACAAAGACCAAGCCAGGAUGAGCAGACACGGAUUCAUUAAGCCAGGUGAAACCAAUCCUGGAUAGGUGCGCGCUCACGGCUCACUCAAAUAGACCCCGCCACAGAUCACAGAUUAACUGAUUUACCAUGGCAACUAGAGCCGCGUACUUUUCCCCGUCGGAAGCACAAAUCCUCAUGGAGGCAUACGAGGAGGUAAAAUAUAUAAUUAAGAAGAAAGGCAACACCGCCACAGUGAUAAAGCAAAGAGAAAAAGCGUGGCAAAGUAUUGCAGACCGCCUGAAUGCAUUAAACAUGAACGGGCCAAAACGGACAUGGCAGCAGGUCAAAAUCAAAUACAAGAACAUUCUGCAGAAUGCAGUGAAAAAGAAUACCCACAGACAAGGCACGGGUGGUGGGUCACCAAAGGCUGACCUUACCCCAGCAGAGGACAUGGCCUUGGAGCUAAAUAAAGGCAGGCCCGUCUUAGAGGGGAUCCCUGGGGGGAAAGAGACGAGCAUAGGUUCCUCCCAAGAUGCCACCCGCUUCAUUCAAGUGCCUGGCAGCACUGUGUUCCUGUUAGAGCCACCAGCACAAGCACCAGACGAUGCUGAUCCAGGUGAAGGCCCCAGUGCAGCAGCAACAGCACAUGAUGGAGACGAUGAUGAGGAGGAGACCAUCUCUCUGGAUUCCAGAAGGCAUGAGGACCCAGAUGCUAUACAGUGGGAAAACCAGCCUGGCAACAGUGCGUAUUAAUAAAAGGACACCACAUCCUGCCAAAUUCCAGCUGCGCUAAUUGUAUUGUGUUCACAGAGCUCACAAGCUAUCAGAAAGUUGUAUGGCAACCAUCUCCGGCGCCAAAUAGAACUGGCAGACAUAGAAAUUCAGUACAAGAAGAAAAAGAUGGAAAAUCUUGCACUGGAGUCCGAAAUAAAAAAGAGGACAAUUAGGAAACUGGACCUUGAAAUAAAAAAACUUGAGAGGGAGCUCCAAGAAGAUGACACAGCUCAAAAUAAAAAUUAGGUAUAUUCUCGUAAAGUCAAGUGAGCCAUGACAUAUGAGCUCUUAUUGUGAGCACACAGGACGGUGGCAUCUUUCUAAGGUUUUUUUUAUUUUCCCAGCAAUCAGUACAACCAAGUCAUCGUUAUAAGGCAUCGCCCUCUUUUGCCCACCCCCCCAGCACCAGGUGUGGCCACUAGCCUAUAUGAAGGCCCAAAAUUGUGUGUUCCUUUCUGCUCUGACAAUGGCAUGCCCAUUCGUGCGAGAUGUGGUGGAUGAAGAAGCACUUGUGCUGAGGAGAGCCUUCAGGCGAGAAAGGGUCUUCAGGGACCGGUUGGACCCACUGGCCUUCCCUGAUGACCAUCUAUAUGAAAGAUACAGGUUUUCUGCAGAUGGCAUCAGGUAUCUAUGCAGACUACUGGGUCCCAGGAUUAAGCACCGCACUGCACGGAGCCAUGCACUGAGUGUGGAGCAAAUGGUUUGUGUGGCCUUGCGCUUUUUUGCUAGUGGAGCCUUCCUGUACUCAGUGGGGGAUGCAGAACAGCUGAACAAGGCCACAAUUUGCCGCACAAUAAGGAGUGUGUGUCUGGCUAUCAAAGCAUUAGCAGAUGUCUUCAUCUCCUUCCCUGGCCACAGAAGACUCUGUGACAUCAAAGAGGAGUUCUAUAGGAUUGCAGAUGGUCUGCAAUGCUGACUGUGUGAUCAGCAAUGUUGUGGCAAAAUGGCCUGGCUCAGUCCAUGACUCCAGAAUCUUUCGGGCCUCUGAAAUCUAUCACAAGGUGAAUUCUCUGGUGUGUUGCUGGGAGACAGGGGGUAUGGCUGCCAGCCUUUUCUCCUGACACCUUUCACAGACCCCCAGGAAGCACAGCAGGCCUACAACCAUGCCCAUGCCAGGACCAGGGCCAGAGUUGAAAUGACCUUUGGCCUCCUGAAGGCACGCUUUCACUGCCUUCACAAAUUAAGGGUCAGCCCUGUUAGGGCAUGUGAUAUUACUGUGGCUUGUGCUGUCCUCCACAAUGUGGCCUGCCUGAGGAAGGAGAGGGCCCCCAGAGUGCCACCAGCCAUGGACUGGGACAAUCCGGCAAUCUUCCCUGAUGACGACAGUGGUCGGCUGCUGAGGGACCAAUAUGUGUUGAAUUAUUUUAGUUAGUAUGUGUGCUUUCAAUUUUGGUUAAAUAUGUCCUGCGGUGGCAGAGGAAUUUGGGUUUUUUUGGGUUCGUUUUUGACGAAUUUGGCCUCUUAUGAUGUUUGUGCGGUAUACUGUGUGUAAUACAAGGCUGCAGGAGGGAGGCUACUGCAUCCAUUCAUUUGUCUGUUCAGUUGAUGUGUAUGGAUUUGUCCUGCAUUUAUUUUAGUGUGCAGACAUGCAGGGUGUGUUAUAUACAGACCUUUGAAUGUGUAUGUAUCAUUUUGUAUAAUAUGCUUGGAUUCUGUGCUUUCCAUCUUGUAGAGUCACUGUGACUUCAGUUUCGAAAGGAGCUGAUGGUUUACCUGCUUUGUUUUGUCCUUAUUCAAUAAAGGAACAUAAUGUUACACAUUGUGUUUUUAUAUUCAUAUGGAAUGUGUAUUUGUUUAUAUGACAGAGUACUAG